AUGGACUUCCUGUCCCCGCGAUAUCACAAGCAGUCCCUAGCUCAAACGCUCUGUCGUUUGGGAUUGUUCGUGAUCUGUAUGGGAAUGGUGUUGACCAUGUCUAUGUAUCCCAUGCUGAGGUUCCUGGGUGGAAAGCUCCAUUCUUCCUUUACAGGGAGCUAUCUACCUGGACACCACUCUGUUCUCCUCAUCAACUGCCCCAACGAACAGGCAGCCAAGGACAUCGGCCGAGCCAUUAUGGAGAGGAGGAUGGCAGCAUGCAUCAAUAUUCUGCCCAGGACCUCCACCAUGUAUUACUGGAAAGGGGAGAUUCAAGAUGCGACGGAAAUUCUGAUGUUGGUGAAGACGAGGACCUCGAAGACCCAAAGGCUCAUAGACUAUGUCAAGUCUGUGCAUCCCUAUGAGACUCCAGAGGUGCUUAGUUUCCCUGUGGAGGACGGGAGCCUGCCCUAUUUGAAGUGGGUGGAUGAGGCUGUUCCUGACGACUGA